UCGCAAUUUGUGGUUUCGCUUUUAGAUAAACCCUGUCCUUCUGUGUAUCUCAUCGUACAAAGCUGUAUUAAUCUUCCUAAAACUUUUUACAACACUGGGUUGAAAUACAAUUAAAACAACAUGGUGACUAUUUUUAAACAUCAGAGUAUAUAUAAUUUAUCUACAUCUAUAGUUAGGCCUGCUAAAUGUUUAUUAACACCAUGCCGAGUUAGAUGCGCACAAUCGGCUUCGUCGUCGUCAUGUUUUACGAACUCAAAGACGAAGAAAUGUUCUAGAUGUAGUUGGUUAAGUCAGUCGUCUUCAAAUCAUAGCUGCACUGACCUUAAUUCAACAAUUCCAUACAGACCAAAUAAUACAUAUACAGAAGUAUGUAGAUCUAGCUCUUCUCAUAGUUCUAUAUACUGCAAAGUUGUAGAACAUGAAAACAAAAACUUAAACUUAUGCCUAAGUCAAUCAGAAAUAUUGAAAGGGCACAGUCACUGCAAUAGUUCUUUAUAUUGUGGUAGCAGCAAAUCCCAACAUAAUACUUACAGUAUUUACCAAAGCCAAGUUUCUAAGAAGAUGCCUAUGUUUUCUCCUAGAAUAUUAUCUCACCAUGUUUAUGUGAACAAUGCUUUGUCAACCUGUCAAAGUGUAAAUAUAUCUCGAGCAUUUUCAUCUGGGGAUGGUUCAACAUUUGACGGAACUUCUGAUAAUGACAAAAAUGCACCAAAUAUCACUAAAAGUGAGAAAUUGCCCCGUCGUGUAGUGAAGAGAUUGGAAAAACAAGGCAUAACUGAGGCAGAAUUUUUGUCAAAGCUAAAAAGUGACACAGCUGCAUCUUCUUCGCAAGGCCCAGAUAAAUUCACGGGAAAGAAAGAAGAUCUAGAAGAACUUUUAAAGAAUAUGACAACAGAACCUAAAUAUUUUACUGAGGCUGACAGUUUUCCUUCAGAUAUGAAAAGAUACAAAAACUGGGAAAAAAUGGAAGAGGCGAAAUCAGUUGUUCCUAAGAUCAAUCCCUCCUUAACAUCAGUAGUUCUCUUCCCAGGACAAGGCAGCCAGUUUGUAGGGAUGGGUAAAAAACUGUUGCCCUUUCCAGGUGUUAAAGAUAUGUAUGAUGAAGCAAGCUCUAUUUUAGGCUAUGACCUUUUAAAUUUAUGUCUGAGAGGACCUAAGUCUGAGCUGGAUAAAACGAUUCACUGCCAGCCAGCGGUGAUAAUAACUUCACUAGCAGCCAUUGAAAAGUUUAGAGAGGAGCAUCCUCAGGCAGUGGAGAACUGCGUGGCUGCUGCAGGAUUCAGUGUGGGGGAGUUUGCUGCCCUUGUUUUCUCUGGGGUUUUAUCAUUCCCUGAUGCUGUCAAACUUGUGAAAGUAAGAGCUGAAGCUAUGCAGAAAGCAUCUGAGAGGGUGGGCAGUGGAAUGUUGACCGUGUUCCUUGCGCAUGAUUCAGACCUCAAGUUGGCCAUUAAAACAGCUAAGGAGUACUGUGAGCAGAGACGAGGGAUAGAGGACCCAGUGUGUAUUGUAGCCAAUUACCUGUUCCCUGAGUGUAAAGUCAUCGCCGGUCACGAGGAAGCCAUUGAGUUCAUCUCAACCAAUGCAAAACAGUUCAACAUUCUGAAGACCAAACGUCUGUCUGUAAGUGGGGCCUUCCACACAAAGUUGAUGGACUCAGCUGUAAAGCCACUGCAGAAUGCCCUCACAGGCAUGAAGAUAGGGAGACCUAAGCUGACUGUAUACAGCAAUGUGACCAACCUCCCCUACCAGGCCAACACCAACUUCUCCCACUUGCUGGCGCAGCAACUCAUCAAGCCAGUGCGCUGGGAGCAAAUCAUGCACGCCAUUUUCUCCCGCAGCCAGGGGGUGGAGUUCCCCAGCACCUAUGAGUUGGGACCAGGGAGACAGAUGGGCACCCUACUUAAGCAGGUGAACAUGCAGGCCUACAAGCAGUACCAUAGCAUUGAAGUCUGACACUGUUUUGGUUGAUUCUAGGAUUCCAUCUGUUGUUAUUAAUGCAGUUUGGCUAUUUAUUGUAAUCAUUUUUAGAAGUUUUUUUUAAGGGAGUUUAUACUUUCACAGUAUUUAACUAGUUCAUGCAAUUUUAUGUAGGUAAUAUUUAAAAAGAAUUAUUUUUAGUAUUUAAUUCAAUUUAAUAUUUUGUGUUAUUUUUAACAGAAUUAUCAUUGUGGAUUUAGCUUUGUAAGUUAUAGGUGAAACAGAUUUGUAAAGUAGAUUGAGUGAUUGUAUAACAAAUUAUUUGUUGAUCAUUAAUUUUAAUUAUUGCCAACUGUAAUUUUAGUACAUAUAUUUUUCUCUGAGAUGUGAAAAUCUAAAUUAAACUAAUUAACAAUC